AUGAUAGGAGUGGUUCACCAGCACCAUGCCUGUCAAGGAUAUAAAGAAGUGCAUUGUGGUCUAAGGACUCAAACACCUUGGAAAAGUCUGUAUAUAUCACAUCAACCUGAUUACCCAAAUCAAAAGCCGUGGAAAGAACCCAUGUUUGUCAAUAGAAAUGGUGAUAUACCCUAUGAAUACAGCACUAUUCCUACUUGGCAAAAUACUGUAGGUAACAUUUUAAUACCAUUAUGUAAUUAUAUACACAGCCAUGAAGAAAAUAAAAAAGAAGAUAAUAAAGGACCCAAAUAUAUUCUUAAUGAUUUAUUAUCAACAUGUGAAACUCUAAACAAAUAUCAAGAAAAUAAUAUGACAGAUAAUAAAGAUUAUCAACAUAUUAUAGACCAUUUUUAUGAACCUCAAGAACCAGAUCCAUUUUGCUAUAAAUACAGCGAAGAGAAAUGACUCUGAGUUUAUUAAAAACAUGGUAUGUAAACAAUAUAUUACAUUAUUACAUAAUGUUUAACGAAAAGUUGAUAAAUGUUAAGCUUGUGUUCAAUUGUAUU